CCCACUAUACCGUUCCUAGAUAAAAUCGCGAGCCGCUGAUUAAUGAGAGGGUACCUGUAUGCAAGCGGACUCUAACUAGGUAGACUAGCCUCGAUUAAGCUUAGACUCCGUCUUUUAGCUGACGUCCGUCUGAUAUCAUGCCGUCCCGGUAUGCAAGUAUCGUAUCCUCGAACUUAUCGGGAAGACACGGCUUUUAGACAGGUUCACCAUCUUAUCUCCCGUUACAUUAACACUCUCGCUUGGCUAUGUUGCGCGGAUGCGGAUAGUUUCACUUAGACGCUCCGUAGAAGAGUCUAGUCACGGAGAAUGCGAAGAAGCCUGCCUGCUCUUGCGCUAUUCUUACGCAGGAUCAAGGAGUCAUAAGGAGAAAUGGAUUAUAUAUAAUGGACGAGCUUUGCGCUCUUUUGCUCUUUGACAAUCAAUUCUCGUCAUUCCCAGAUCACCUAGCAUAUUUUAUCACAUAGAAAACACCAGAAGUUUAUUAAACCUUCAAGCCAGAUCUUGGUUCUAGCGACGACAAUACCUAUCCAAACAUGGCUCAGAUUCCGCAAUCAGUCCAGAAGAGCCUCGACGGCACCAAAGUCGAAUAUGUCAGAGUUGGUUCCUCAGGGCUCCAAGUAUCUACCCCCAUCUUAGGCGCCAUGUCCCUCGGCUCUAGCAAAUGGCAAUCGUGGGUUUUAGACGAAGAGGCGUCCAUCGAGAUUCUCAAAGCCGCUUAUGACCGAGGUCUCAACACCUGGGACACAGCCAACGCGUACUCGAAUGGCUUGAGCGAAGAGGUCAUCGGCAAGGCUCUCCGGAAACAUUCGAUCCCGCGCGAGAAAGUCGUCAUCAUGACGAAAUGCUUCCUCCACGUCGCGGAAGACGUGUCCGUAUUUGCCGCGCCGCUCGGGCCAGUGCUCAAGGAAACUAAGGACUAUGUGAACCAAGGAGGACUCUCCCGCGCCGCCAUAUUCAACGCCGUAGAAGCCUCUCUCGCCAGGCUAGGCACGAGCUACAUCGACCUGUACCAGAUCCACCGCUUCGACCCGGCCACCCCCAUCGAGGAAACCAUGAAAGCGCUGCACGACCUCGUGCAGUCCGGAAAGGUGCGCUACAUCGGCGCGAGCUCGAUGUGGGCGACGCAGUUCGCGCGCAUGCAAGCGGUCGCCGAGAGCAAGGGGUGGACCCGGUUCGUCAGCAUGCAGAACUACUACCACCUGUGCUACCGCGAGGAGGAGCGGGAGAUGAACCGGUUCUGCGCCGACACCGGCGUCGGCGUGCUGCCGUACUCGCCCAACUUCGGCGGCAGCCUGGCCCGGCCGUUCGGAAAGGAGGACUCGGUCCGCGCUAAGGCGCCGAGUCCGAUCGGCAAGGGGUACACGGCCGCCGACGAGGAGAUCAUCCGCCGCGUGGAGAGGCUGGCGGAGGAGAAGGGCUGGAAGAUGAGCCAGGUCAAUUUGGCGUGGCAUCGGACGAAGGGGACCGUGCCGAUUGUCGGGUUCAACUCCGUUGCUAGGAUCGACGAGGCGUGCGGCGCGAGGGGGAAGACGCUGACGGCUGAGGAGGUCGCGUUCCUUGAGGAGCCGUAUGUGCCUAAGCCUGUGUUCGGGCUUUUUUGAUGAAGCUCUGGUGUAUCGAUUUUAA